GUCAUAAAUUUUGACAGGUGGUACCAAAACAAUUUAGAUAAUUUUGCCAUUUGCGAAAUUUAUUAAUAUUAUUUUAUAAAAAUGGACGUAUUUAACAAAGUAAUUAAUCAAGUCAGUAGUUCUGUUCAUAGUACGGUAUCCCAGUUAUCAGGUGUUCUACCAGGUAAUCCAGUAACUAGAGAAUUUGAGUCUUCUGCACAUAUUGCCUCUGCAGGUCCAGGGUUGCUUUGGAAAAUUUAUAAAGGAAAUAAACGAUCUACUAGACAAGAAGCUUCAAUAUUUGUAUUUGAAAAGCGCCAGCUAGAUAGAUACAGUAAAACAGACAGGGAGUUAAUUUUAGAAGUACUGCGAAGAGGAGUAGUACAGUUAACAAAGAUACGCCAUCCGAAAAUUCUGACUGUUCAACAUCCUCUAGAAGAAAGCAGAGACAGUUUAGCUUUUGCUGCUGAACCAGUGUUUGCUAGUCUAGCAAAUGUCCUGGGACAAACAACCAACAUGCCUCAACCAGCAAAUAUGUCAGACUAUAAAUUAUUCGAUAUAGAAAUUAAGUAUGGAAUACUGCAAUUAGCUGAAGGUUUAGCAUUUUUACAUAACGAUGUUAAACUUCUUCACAAGAAUAUCAGUCCAGAAAGUGUAAUAAUUAAUACGCAAGGGGCGUGGAAGGUUUUUGGCUUUGAUUUUUGCGUGAUUAAUACCAAUCCUGCUAAUAUGCCGCCUAGUUAUGUAUUUGAAGAAUACAGUGCUACUGUACCACCAGUUUGCCAACCAAAUUUGGACUACCUAGCUCCUGAACAUGUAUUGUCUUUGGUACAAUCCCAAGCUAGUGAUAUGUUUUCUCUAGGAAUGUUAAUCUAUACGUUAUACUCCCCAGAUAGGAAAUGCUAUAAACCAGUGAGGGAUCUUCAGCAAUUCAGAGCAAGAGCCCAAGACUUAAAGAAAUUUACCACAGGAAAGAUUCAGUUUGUUCCAGAAGAACUCAGGGAGUUCAUCAAAUUGCUAUUAAAUGGUACUCCAGAAGUGAGGCCAGAUGCUCAUCAGUUUGUUAAGAUCCCGUUUUUUGAUGACAUUGGCAUAAAAACUCUUACAUACCUAGACUCCGUCCUCCAAUGGGACAAUCUUCAAAAAUCGCAAUUUUAUAAAGGACUACCAGAGGCUUUGACCAAACUACCCCACAGAGUGAAGCUUCAAAGGGUGGUAGCUUGUCUAGCCCAUGAUCUAGGUCAGCCUGCAAUGGUGCCUUUUAUUUUACCCAGUUUACUAGAAAUUGCCCAAGGCUGUACUCAAAAGGAAUUUUGUAGUUACAUUUUGCCACUGAUUAAGCCUCUUAUGACUCUUUUGGAACCUGUUCAGGUAUUGUUAAUAAUGCUGCAACAUAUGGAACUACUACUAAAACUUACUCCUGCAGAGGAUAUCCAGCGACAUGUACUACCAAUGCUCUACAGAGGUCUCGACUCUGAUACUCCUCAAAUUCAUGAACUUUGUCUAUCAGUUCUACCAACAUUUGCUGGUCUUUUAGACCACUCAAAUGUCAAGAACAGUCUUUUACCUCGCAUCAAGAAACUUUGCCUUAAUACUUCUACUCUCUCUGUUAGAGUGAAUUGUUUACUUUGUGUUGGUAGGUUAUUGGAACACCUUGAUAAAUGGUUAGUGCUUGAUGAGGUAUUACCUUUUUUGCCGCAGAUACCUUCAAGAGAACCAGCUGUUUUAAUGGGAAUUUUGGGUAUUUAUAAGCUUGCCUUAACUCACAAAAAAUUAGGUAUUACUAAAGAAAUAAUAGCGUCUAGGGUACUACCAUUCCUGAUCCCUCUAUGUAUAGAAAACGGACUAACAAUUCCCCAGUUCAAUGCUUUGACUGCUCUGGUCAAAGAUAUGUUCCAGAUAGUAGAGACUGAACACAGAACGAAAUUAGAACAGCUUAAUUCAGUCAAAGAUGAACAGAAAACAUUGGCAAGCACUACACCAAUUGUAAUGCCAAAGUCCAAGCCUAUAGAAUUAGAUUCUGCAUUCUCUGGAUUGGGUCUAGAUAACUAUGUGCCUGGUAUGAGUCUUAAGCAAAAGCAACAAUUGGCGCAACAACAAGAUUCGUUGAAAGUGUUUAGCAGUCAGCCUAGUAUAGAACCUAAAAAGGUGGAUAAUGCUCCUAAGAGUGUCCCUAAAGAUUUAUCUUCGUCUUUGCUUGACGAUUGGGUCAGUAGCACUGCAACAAGUUCUAAAAAUCAAUCUUUUAAUGCUUCGAAUACACAGAAUCUGAGUUCAACUGACCAAACUUCGAAGAACAGUCCCUCUAAUACAUCUACAUUUGUGGGAAACACUGGAUUUAAUCAAACGGCGCUUAUGUCUUCAAAUUCUAACACACAAUGGCAAAUGGGCAAACAAAACAACUCGACGCCAAAUUAUUCCCCUUUUACUACACAAAAUCAAAAUUUCAUGAACAACAAUUUAAGUACAGCAGGUUCCAAUCCAUGGUCAAGUUCUCAUAACGCAAUAACUUACAAUAAACCCCAAAAUGACACUUCUCAAAACUGGAGCGCUUUCGAUAAUCUGCUCCCUGGCACCAACUCUAAUAUUAACACAGGUAAAGUACCCAUGAAUAAAAUGAUGUCUCAUAAUGUACCCUUGCUGCCAAGUUCAAAUACAAACAGUGGAGCAAAGUCAGGCGGUUUGUCCAAUGACGAUAUUAUGGAUCUUUUAAGUUAAAAUAAAUGUUUUUUUGUAGGUGCAUAUGUAUACAUAAUUUUCGUUUAAGCCCCUUGCAUGUUUUCAAUGACAUUUCUAUGUCGUCGCAGUAUAACCAACUGCUUAAAAAUUCAUAACAUUCAUUUUGGAAUUAUUAUAUGACAUAAAUAUAAUAUUUACAAACAUGUUUAAAUUUAGAAUUCAAAAAACAAUAAUUUAAAUCAAGUAUCAUUUAAAAACAGUAUACUAAUUAAUCUUUAAUUUAUGAAGUGUAAAUGAUUGUUAGUCGUCUUCUUUUCAGAGUUGCCAAAUCUAUAACAUGAACUGGCUCAUACUUUUAAGUCAUAUCUUUCAAGUCUGUCAUAUCCUAUAGAAUACAAAUGAUAUAGAGAUGUAUAGGACUUUUCAGCUCUUCUCAUUUGUUUCGAGCUUCUGUCAUAUGUCGUAUAAUCCUUGUAUAAUAAUAAAUAUAACAUAAUAUAACAGAAGCUCGAAACAAAUGAGAAGCGUUGAAAAGUCCUAUUAAUUGAAAGUGGUAUCUUCAAUUUAUCAAUGAAUUUGUCAUAUAAUUGUACGUUGUCAGUAGCAGUUAUGUCAAUAUUGGAUGAUGAGCCAUCCGCUGUGAGCUCGUACGUAGAGGGGAUAUUUACAAAUUCUCGAGCGCCAGUAGUGGCAAGUCUGUAAACGUUUACCGGAAAUUUGACAUAAAUGUCAAAGUGAUUAAUGUAAAAUUAAAAUUAAAAACAUUAAUUAUAAAAAAUAUUAGUUGGUCAAAGCUGUGGUAUAUAUUUUUACCUUAAAUAUACUUACGUUUUAAAUACUGAAUUUAAGUUUUUUUAAUGUUCCGUAAUAUGUAAUUAUAAUUUAAUCUAAAAAUCUUAGCGCCAUCUACACGAUAAUUGUGAAAGUAUCCGAAGUAAGAAAUUCAUAUUUUAUCAAUAGAACGUCAAAAUGAUUAGCAAAAUCUUAAAAAAAUCGAUUACAAUUUAAUUAAUUUUUUGCGUUGUAAAUGUUAAGCGAUAACAAUUAAAUAAUAAAUUUAAAAAUUACCGGUGAAAGAUAAUUCCAGUAAUCCGCUAGGAGCGCCACCAGCGAAGCUCAGAGCGUAUAGACAUAUUAAGGAUAGACAAGGCAUACUGAACAAAAAAGCGUAACGCGCGGGCAGUCGGUCGUUGGUCUGUCUAUCUCUUUUUACAAAGCGAUCCCAAGCAUGUGACAGACAAAGAUGGCUAGACCACUCAAAGUGAAUUGAUAUUGAUAUUGAUAUGACAUUGAUAUUGGCGUUACACCUUGAUGCACAGAGCGGCCAUACCUUGCCUGGUCUACCCUUUAUUAUGUCUAUGUGAUGAGCAAGGGGUUUAUUUGGAAAUAAUUUAUGUAACAUAGAGUUAUAUAUUAGCAUGGAGAGAGUGUCAUUCAGAGCGAAGUGACGACACCAUCUUUUUUAUUUGGAUUAGUACUGUUUCACUCUUACGCAUAGUAAAGCUGCGACAGUUGUCCUCUCCUUCCGUACCUAUACUCACACUUAAUGUCAUCUUAGUUUCUCGAUACAAUGUGUUAGAAAGAGAUGCCGCAAACCAGUCCAUGAGAUCUUGUCGUCAGGAAGCGCGGAAGGUAGGCUCACUCUAUGUUAAUAUAUACCUCAAUGUUAUGUAAUAGGGCUUUUCAUUCACAGUCAUUUGUUUCGAGCUUCUGUCAUGUGUCACAUAAUAUUAAUAUAUCUACGUCAUACGUUAUUGAUAUAACCAUAGAGUUAUAUAUUAGCAUAGAGAGAGUGUCAUUCAGAGCGAAGUGACGACACCAUCUUUUUUAUUUGGAUUAGUGCUUUUUCACUCUUACGCUUAGUAAAGCUGCUACAGUUGUCCUCCCCUUCCGUGCCUAUAUUCACACUGAAUGUCAUCAUAGAUUUUCGAUACAAUGUGUUAGAAAGAGAUGCCGCAAACCAGUCCAUGAGAUCUUGUCGUCAGGAAGCGCGGAAGGUAGGCUCCCUCUAUGUUAAUAUAUACCUCUAUGGAUAUAACCAAUGAUACAAACUAAAUAGGUAUGACGUAGAUAUAUUAAUAUUAUGUGACACAUGACAGAAGCUCGAAACAAAUGACAAUUGAUGAAAAGCCCUAUUGUUUAUGUAAAUGGCGUACUAAAUCUCCAGGCCGGAAAGUUAGAUGGGGCAGUUUAUACUACUUGUAGAGAUCAUAUCACUCGAAGAAAUCGCAUAUUAAUCUACUCAAAGUUACACGAGGGGUUCAAAUAUGGACUUUCGGUCAGGUUGGAUGAGUCCAAUUGCUUGUUUUGUUCAAAAUCAUUCCAGAAUUAAAAAGUUCGGACACUAUAAACCUGUAUAUGACAUUUAGAACACAUGAUAUGUUAUAAAUAUGUGUUCACACAUAUGUUCAUUAAAAUCACUUGUUCUGAUCGUAGUCGCUGUUGCCAAAUUUUAGUGUUCUGGCCUGGAUGUAAAGAAAACCAUGUAAAUGUAAAAAUUAAGUGAUAUAAUAUUAGAGCACGAAAAACGAGUUAAAAAUUUGUUUUUAUCAAUACAAAUGUACAAGGAUUGCAAGAAAACUACAUUAUCUCAAAGAAAGCUUCUGGACUUGUCGCAUUUGUAGAAGUAAAUAUUUAAAAUUAGGCCAGUGACUGUUAUUAAUUAUAAAUAAUAAAUAUCAACUAAUUAGGUCCGUUAUCAAGCAAAUUUUUAGCUCAAAUAACUCCUCUAACAAUUAAAAAUCCUAGGAGUAUAAUGUAGUUUGGUUUAAAUUAAAAAUGAGUGUUUUUUCGAAUAGGGUAUUUAGUGUAGAUUUUUUAUUGAUCGUGUAGAUGUUCGAAAAUUCUAGUCUUUUGCGAAAACAUUUGAGUAGGUAUUUGAGAAAAAUUGAGUAUUCCAUUCUUUCAUUUUGUUAAGCCAGGGGCAAGGGCUUGUUUAGUGGUUCACGGGGUUUCAGAGUGUAUUCUUUUGUAUUUUGGCCCCCUGAAUUCGAACUUGCUUUUGGUAUAAUUCGUGAACUAACAAAUAAAAAUCAUUUUUACAAAAUGCAAUUAGUUCCGUUACAAAAAUCUACAAAAGUGAUUCCAAUUGCCAAAAGGGAAAAGACGAAAUUUUUCUAGACGAAAAGAAAGUGGAUAGGUGACCGUGUCCUUUCCGCUUUCUUCUAUAAUCGUCGUCUGUUGUGCUUAUGGGUGAUUCCAUUUCAAAUCACUCAAUUUUGGAUCAAAAAAACUUUUGGAUCUCCGAUUUGUCUGAAAAUUGGUAUAUAGCAUCUACGGGACGUAAAAAUAAGAUAUUUAAGGUCAAAAAUCUUCUUCUUUUUUUUCUCAAAAUGUUAUUUUAUGCGAUUUUACAGUAAUUUGGUGUUUAUUUAAACAAAUUUGCAUUUUCUAUCGUAAAGUAUCAAUGGAAAACAUAAUAUUUUAAUAGAAGGGACUCAAAAAUGUCAUUAUAUGGCAUUGUAACAAGUUAUUUUUAUUCAAAACACGUUUUUGAUCAAAUUUUAUAGUGUAGAUAACGUUAAAAUACCGUUUUUACAUUUUACUCCAAUCCCAAAAUCCAUCAUAAUCGAUUUGGCUGAAAAUUUGCCCGCAGAUAGCCAAAACAUAGGACUUUGAGUGGUUAGAAGGAUUUGAAUUAUAUUACAAUACCAAAAAAGUUACAUGCAAUAUCAUAAUCAAAAAUAUAGGCGUUUACUGUAAGUACAAUUAACUCGAAAAUAUCGACCUCACGACAAAAAUUGUUAAAAAGAAAUUGUAAUAAUUCAUUGUAUCAUUGUUUUUGUUUUCUCUGUAUUAAUUUUCAUAUUUAUUAGAGCUGAGACUUCUGAGCUUCACCUAUGAGGCAUAAGGAUGCUGAAAUAGCUAUAUGAAGAUGGUGGUCCAACUCUGAAUGAAAUAUAAACAAAACCUGCCUUGAUCUUUUUUAUAUUUUUCAUAUUUAUGUUUGAUAGUUCUUCUUCUAGGAUUUCAAGAUUGUUCUGUAAGUCUUCUCUGUUUUCUGCUAUCAAUACCAUGUCGUCUGCAAAUAGUAGCUCCAAUAGUUGAGUGUAUUUUAGUAUAUUUCAGAUUAAUCGAAUUAAAAAAACAAAGAUUUGCAUGUUGAAUGUGAACGCAUUGUUUCAAAAAUGAAUAUACUUGAAUGACUGAUAAUUCAACUGUUUCGAGUAUUCAUGAAUUAAUAAAUGUUUAUUAUCGCAGUGUUCUAUAUUGUUUCAAAAAUGAAUAUACUUGAAUGACUGAUAAUUCAACUGUUUCGAGAAUUCAUGAAUUAAUAAAUGUUUAUUAUCGCAGUGUUCUCUGCAUUUCAAAAUCACGAAUACUAUCAAUAAAUAUCUGAACGGCCAACAUUUCCAUCAUGUUUUCGGGAGCUGUUGGAUAAGCAAAUCGUACUAACCUGGCAAUAUCUAGCUGAUAUUCUUGAAGAAUAUUUAAUAUUCAAAAUACGUUUUUAAUAUUCAAAAUAACUCCAUUUCAAAUCACUCAAUUUUGGAGCAAAAAAAAUUUUGGACCUCCGAUUUGUCUGAAAAUUGGUAUAUAGCUUCUGCGGGACGUAAAAAUAAGAUAUUUAAGGUCAAAAAAUCUUCUUCUUCUUUUUUUCUCAAAAUGUUAUUUUAUGCGAUUUUACAGUGAUUUGGUGUUUAUUUAUACAAAUUUGCAUUUUCUAUCGUAAAGUAUCAAUGGAAAACAUAAUAUUUUAAUAGAAGGGGCUCAAAAAUGUCAUUAUAUGGCAUUAUAACAAGUUACUUUGAUUCAAAACAAGCUUUUGAUUAAAUUUUAUAGUGUAGAAAACGUUAAAAUGCCGUUUUUUACAUUUUUCUCCAUUCCCAAAAUACAUCAUAAUCGAUUUGGCUGAAAAUUUGCCCACAGAUAGACAAAACAUAGGACUUUAAGUGGUGAGAAGGAUUUGAAUUAUAUUACAAUACCAAAAAAGUUACAUGCAAUAUUAUAGUCAAAAAUAUAGGCGUCUACUGUAAGUACAAUUAACUCGAAAAUAUCGACCUCACGACAAAAAUUGUUAAAAAGAAAUUGUAAUAAUUGUAAAUACGAUUUAUCUGGAACAAUUUCAGUUCCUACCAUUUUUGUCGAAAAGUUAAAAAUGGAGGAGAUAUUGAGCAAAAACGGUUCUUCUUUAAACUCAAUAUGGCGGUUAACGUAACGGAGGAAUUCAUUCGAGAUUUUAAAUUUAGGCUACUAUUGACCCCACUAAAGAUUAGAAAAAUAAAAUUUUGGGCAGCUCGGCAUGCAAGGUCAAAUGCUAUCCCGACUGAACUAAUAUACUAUUGAGUCUGAUAUUAUUGCAUGUACCUUUUUUUAGUAUUGUAAUAUAAUUCAAAUCCUUCUAACCACUUAAAGCCCAAUGUUUUGGCUAUCUGCGGGCAAAUUUUCAGCCAAAUCGAUUGUGAUGUAUUUUGGGAAUGGAGGAAAAUGUAAAAAACGGUAUUUUAACGUUUUCUACACUAUAAAAUUUGAUCAAAAACUUGUUUUGAAUGAAAAUAACUUGUUAUAAUGCCAUUUAAUGACUUUUUGAGUCCCUUACAUUAAAAUAUUAUGUUUUCCAUUGAUACUUUACGAUAGAAAAUGCAAAUUUGUUUAAAUAAACACCAAAUUACUGUAAAAUCGCAUAAAAUAAUAUUUUGAGAAAAAAAAAAAGACGAAGAUUUUUCGACCUUAAAUAUCUUAUUUUUACGUCCCGCAGAAGCUAUACACCAAGUUUCAGAAAAAUCGGAGAUCCAAAAGUUUUUGCCUGAGUGAUUUGACAUGGAAUGUACCUUAUAAGUUGUAAAAGUCGGGGAUUUUGGAUGCUGCCAGAACCAGAAAGCAGUAUCUUUUAACGAAAAGUCUUAGAUUUAAAAUAUUGUUUAUUAUCUUGAUUUCAGUUAUUUUUAAUUGUUUAAUUAUAGUAAACUUUGUAUCUGUAGCUUUUCGUCUUCCUCUUUUUAUAAGUUUCGUCUUCCUCUUGAUUCAAUUACCCUUGAUCCAAUAAUUAAAACCGGAGAUAUUGCAAAAUUACUGCAAAAACUUUGCAAAAUUACGGAAUUGCAGCUUAUGAAUAUCGGGAGCAUACAGUCCCUAAUGUAUAAUGUUCAAUUUAUAAUUUUUCGUCAUACUGGAACUAUUUUGGAAAUCUCAAUUUAUCAGCUUUGUCAUUUAAUGCAUUUAUUCAUUUCGACUGUUGUUUAACCCGGCACCUGCCACGUGGGGUGCUACCAGCACCCCAUAACACAUUUUUAUCAAAUAUUUGGUACUUCAAGUUUGGUAACCGAGCUGUGCGUCAUAGUAGCUUUCUAUAAUAUUAUAUAGCAUAUAUGUAUUAGUGUUUGAAGUGGUAAUUUAGUGUCAUUCUGAACUUAUAGCUCUAAAGUCGAAUUGGGGUGUCAUCAUCUGGCACUUUAAGUUUUAAUUUUUUUUUGUAUUUUUGAUAAACAGGUCAAAUUUAGAUUUUUUAUUGAAAUACCUGAUUUAAAUUAUUAAUAUAGACUCUAUAUUUACUAAAUCUUAAUUUUUUUAGAUAUUUUACUUGACUUCAUUUAUUAUGGCUUGGUACUUGCUAAUUUGCUUAUAACACCUUUUUCAUUUUAUUUUUUAACUUUUAUAACAUAUUAGUGGCUAAUAAGUUAAUAAAUCAUGUUUAUUUAUAUUCUUGUGUUACUCAACACAUUAUUUUGUUUUUUAAACAAGUAGAUCACAGAACAUUUUUAAGGGGUGCUGUGAGCACCCCACGUGGCAGUUGGCGCCUUGCGAAGCCACGUGGCAGGUGCCGGGUUAAAGACUAUCAUUCCAUUUUUAUUGACAUAUAUAUUUUAAAUCGUUGUUAAUUUUAUUGUAAUUUGUUACUUAGGUUGUUAAUUAAAUAUGUAUGAAUAAAAAAGGCUGCAAUAAAUUUUCUUAAUUAUUA